ACCUCCCGGCUCUCUGCAGGUUGUGCUGCUGCUGCAGCAGCUUUCUCACAUAAUUCAAAGUCAAGUGUAGUUUUAUACAAGUGGCUUCUCCGGAGCAAACAACAACUUCUGCAGCCGGACAGGAGUUCAGAUUGUCGGAUAUAAAGAGUUCCGAGGAGGCGGAACAACCAGCCUGGUCGGGAGAUAUAAGCGCUUAUUUUUUUUGUGCCAUGUUUUUCUAACGUUACACGGAUUAUUUGAUGAAGCCCACACCUGCAGCCGACUGUCCAUCGUGAAGCAGGAUGAACGGAUAUGAACCUCCAGCUCUCGCCUCCGGCAUCUUCGGCUCCUACAGCUCACCCAUCAAUGGCCAUGGCUCUCGGUCUCCUGAGCCUCCCAGCAGUAAAGCCAAGUCCAGUGCCAAAGCUCUCUACGAACAAAGAAAACACUUCACCAAAAACAGCAUCAACAGCCUGACGGACACGUCGCAAUAUCAUGUGGAGCACCUGACCUCGUUUGUGUUGGACCGUAAAGACGGGAUGAUCACGGUGGACGAUGGAGUCCGGCGUCUUCGUCUCCUGGACGCUAAAGGAAAAGUCUGGACCCAGGAGAUGUUGCUGCAGGUGGAGGAGAAAACUGUCAGCCUCAUCGACGUUGAAACAAAGAACGAGUUGGAGAACUUCCCCAUCGGGACGAUCCAGCACUGCCAGGCCGUGAUGAACACCUGCGGCUACGACUCCAUCUUGGCUCUGGUGUGUAAAGAGUCGGGUCAGAGCAAACCCGACCUCCACCUGUUCCAGUGUGACGACAUCAAGGCGAAUCUGAUCCACGCAGACAUAGAAAGUGCCAUGAUCGAUGCCAAAGGAGGCAAAGUGAAGAAGAGACCAGAGGCACUCAAGAUGAUCCUGAAGAGUGACGGUGUCAUCCCACCUCCGCCCGCCGCUCCCGCCCCCGAACCACCGGCAUCGUCCAAUCAGGUGGACGUGAAGAGUCGAGUGGCCGCUUGGUCAGCGUGGACCAAUGAGCAGCAAGACUGUGAGAAGCAGAGACACCUCUCAGAGGAGGACGGGCCGGUGGAGAUGAGUGCAGCCAGGGUGGACCGAGACGUGCAAAUCCUGAACCACAUCCUGGACGACAUCGAGUUCUUCGUCACCAAACUGCAGAAGGCCGCUGAGGCCUUUAACGAGCUCUCCAAGAGGAAGAAGGUCAAGAAGGGCAAGAAGAAAGGUCCAGGAGAGGGCGUCCUGACUCUGCGCUCCAAACCUCCCGGCGAGGACGAGUUUGUCGACUGCCUGCAGAAGUUCAAACACGCCUUCAACCAGCUGGGGAAACUGAAGGAUCACAUCCAGAACCCGAGCGCCGUGGAUCUGCUUCACUUCCUCUUCACGCCGCUCAGGAUGGUGAUCCAGGCGUCCGGCAGUGUGGAUCUGGCCCGGAGCGUCGUGGUUCCUCUGCUGACCAGUGAGGCCAUCGACUUCCUGCACGCCUCGGGGUCGGCAGAGGAGAGACACCUGUGGGUCACGCUGGGAGACGGAUGGACCAAAAGCAGGUUGGAGUGGCCGAAGGAUCAUUACUUUCCUCCCUGUGUGCUGAGGUUUCGGGACUGCUGGGAGCCUCCGGCGCUCCCGUCGGUGACUCCGUCCAGAGAACAGGAGCUGACUCAGCUGGCCGAGACUCUCGCCAACGCUGAGAUCCUGAGACAAGAGGAGCUGAAGCUCAGACUGGCCCAGGAGCAUUCGGCGGUGCAGAAGUUCCCUCCUGCAGACGGAAGUUUUGAUGCAGACAGCAGAGGCCAACCAAAACUGUUUGCCAAAUCUAAAUAUGACUUUGUGGGGAGAAACAACACGGAGCUGUCUGUCCUCAAAGACGAGGUCGUCGAGGUUCUUGACGACAAGAAGCAGUGGUGGAAGGUUCGUAACGGUGGCGGGGCGUCCGGCUACGUGCCAAACAACAUCCUGGAGAUCACCAAAGCAGUGGACAUCACCGGCAGAGGAGAGCCCAUCUACAGCCACACCAUACAGAAGCAGACUACGAAGACGGACUACAUCCCCAGUAAACCCGUAGCGACGCCAAUGCCUCCGGCCCCCACGCCGCCCCCUCCCGCCGCCACCAGACUCCCCACGCCGCCGCUGCCUCCUCCAGCCGCCGAGCCCCACAAGCCGAACGCCAGCAGCACAAUCAGCCGCCAGAACAGCACCACGUCCAGCGACAACGGCAGCAUCGCCAUGAGGGACCACACCAACCAGAGACCUGCACCCGUCAACCGCAGGAAAUCCAACAUGGAGGAAGUUCAGGAUGAGCUGAUGCACAGACUGACGUUGGGUCGCAGCGCUCAGAAGAAGUUUCCGCCUCCUUCCCGCAGCGGCAGCCUGCCGUCGUUCAGCAUCACUUACGAAUCGUCACCUGACGAGGUCAAAGCCUGGUUAGAGGCCAAAGGCUUCAGCCCAGUCACCAUCACCAGCCUCGGCGUCCUGACCGGCGCUCAGCUGUUCUCUCUUAACAAGGAGGAGCUGAAGACGGUUUGUCCCGACGACGGAGCUCGAGUCUUCAGCCAGGUCACUGUUCAGAAGGCAGCGCUGGAGAAGAGUUCAGGCUCUGAGCUCCAGGAGAUCAUGAGGAGGCGGCAGGAGAAACUGGCAGCCAGCACCUGUGAUUCAGGGGUGGAGUCUUUUGACGAAGGCAGCACCCACUGAGCUCCACGUUGCUUUCCCCCCUUCCUUCCUACUUUUACUUUCAUUUUUUAUUUUUUCAAACUGCAGCCUGCUGUUUUCUCGCAGGCGGCUGCCGACCACGCAGAGUUCGUGGAGAUCAUGCGGCGCAGGCAGGAACUCCUCAGCUCGUCUCCGUAGGAAAAGCGUAAAGAACGACCAACCCCACUGACUUUUGCAGCGUCCGAAUUGUUCAAAACACAGAGGGAAUAUUCUGCCAUGUUUGCCUGAAGUUCAUGUGAACACUUUUGGGACUGUGGACGUAGUUUUCUUUUCUCAACCAGAAGAGUUUUGUUGGUGUUGAAAAAUGUUGAGUCAGUAGCUCAUUUUCCAAAGCAAAGCCUCUCAGUAUUAAUGUUACGGCUGGUAGGUUGUUGGCCCAGCUUGUGCCUCAUGUAUCAGGGCGUUGGAGUCAGAGAGUUGAGCAUUGGCUUUUCUGAAAGACGCAACACUUGCUGCUGUUUCCCAAGGAUUUCCAGAAUCUUCAAAGACUCUUCGGUCCGAUCUACAAUGGAAAAAAGACUUCUAACCCGUUAGGUCAGAUGAAAGAGCCAAAACUGACAUAUCGGGUGUUUAACCUUCAUAAUGUUAUCAUGAGAAAACAACAUCCUCGUAAUCUCAAGAUAAAAACAGCUGAUUUAAGGAGCCACCAUUUUCAGAUGACAUUUGAAAAUCCAACAUAAUGCAAAAAUACAUUUAUACAUAAAAAUACCUGAUGAUAAUAAUAUAACUUUAAGAUUUUGUGUGAAUAAGAUACAAUUUAUAAUUUGUGCACAAGGCAUGAUGGAUAAGACAGACGGAUGGUAUCUUGAUCCCACAAGAUGAUGACUCAAGUUAUGCAUCCGCUCUUCAGUUGGCGUCCUCCUCCAGACGCCUUCUCCUUGUCCAGCCUCCACGUGACGAGCUGCUUGAACCUGUUCUUCCGGAACCACAUCUGCUUCCUCGUCUGGUUCAUCCACCAGCAGCUCGGUGGUCCUGCGUGUCGCCUGAGGCCUUCAGUCCUUUCAGUUAUCUGGACGAAGGCCGGAUGAUGAUCAGUCAUCCUCAUCCCAUUGAUCCCAUCAGCAGAGUGACGAGGAGUCCGUCGUGCGCUUCGUGGCGUUACUUUAUAAAUAAGUAAUUUUACUUUACAUAGUGUUUCUAGUGUCAAGAUCUUUCAGGACUUUUGAUGGGAACUGGAAAGUGUUUGAGGAUUCUGAAAAUGGCUUUAAAACUGAGGCGAGAUGCAAAUGUUGAACUCUGUGACUUGAAUGUAAUGAAAGUAAACAAGAGGCACAAACUGGGGCUGGUAGUUAAAAUAACUGACGGGUCGAUGGUGUGUGUCUUGUGUAGAAAACAAAAGGAAUUAAGUGAAUGUUGACUGAAUAUAUUGUUCUAUGAAAUACAAGAAUAGACUUAUAGACUGUAUAUUUAAGAUUGUUUUGGCCAAGAGAGUUAAGAUAUUCAUAGUAAGUAAUCUUUUUAUUUUAUGGUUAAAUAGAGAAUUUAAUAUAAUGGGUAAUAGAACUGAUCAACUGAAAAAGCAAAAGAAGUGAAAAUCCUUUUCUCCAAGUGGACAAUAACUUUAUAAUAAUGUCUAAUUUAUGAGCGUCAUGUGAUUUAGAGUUAGAGACAGAUUUCUUCAGAUGUUAUUAGUUGUGGCGAUCAGCGUUUUUUGCACAGUAAUAAAAACGCAAUGUGUUUCUCUGCUGGAGGUGAGCGACGAGUCAAACCUUUAAAUGAUUCAGAAUCGCACUUUGAUUCAUUUUCUAUUCAGUCAGCAAAAAUCAGUUUCCACCGACUUUGCAUCAAACGUCGUCUAAACACUGAAAUGAAUGUAGUCUGCUGACUUGGCGACGCUCCCACUUUAAACAGGAUGAAUGUGUUUCCUUUAGGCUCCGCCCACAGCAACAGGUAGCCUCAGGUGUCCCGUUGGUUGCCUUACAUCAUCACGUGUUGAUAAAAACAUUUGCUGUGCAGAGCGACAGGAAGCUUAAUGCUAACGGUUUGUUGUUUAAGUCCGUUAACAAGAUCUUAUUUAACGACUAAACGAUAGACAAUCUUAAAUUAUUUACAGUUUUAAACUACUUUAUUAGGUGAAAAAACAUUUUCUCCAUUACAUUUAUACAAACCAGGUAAAAAUCAAGCGUACUCAGAGUCACAAGAGCUCGUAUUUUCAACAUUCUUCCGGUUAUUCAUUUUCUGAGCCGCUCAGCGACUGAAAUGUCAGAUUGACAGGGAAACCUAAACCGACUUGUUGUUGGGUGAAACUUUAUUGCACAAAUUUUUUAACAUCGUGAUUUGGAUUUGGACCAAGUGUGGAACAAAGUUUAGUCUGGGCAAAACCAAAAAGGUUAUUCGUCUUUUCCUUUUAACUAAAUGAACCGGAACGCUUUUGGUUUCCGUUACUUGUUCAUAGAAGUAUGUGCUUAUGAUAAAGUAUAACACGUUGAUGCCGUCGUCGCUUCAGUAAGUUGAACAAUGGGACAAAAUAGUAAAAAUUGUUAAAUAGUUGUACAGUUGCAGAGAAUCAGGUCUUUAUUUCUAGUUUUCGCUGCUCUCCAAGUACAAUAAACUGUGUUUACCUGUUAAUAAAAUUGGCAUAAUGAAUAUUUCCACUAAUCCCGCUACUUUGCAGUUUCUUUUGAUCACUAUGAAGCGAUCACUAAUCGAAUAAAGAAAGAUAAACAUAGCUGAUCGAGGAACCUUGGGUUUUAUGACAGACAGAGAAAGUCUAAUUCAGCUCAACACUUCCUGAACAGAUUUUUUUUCUCAUUAAAGGACUAUUGGUUUUAAAAUGUGAACAAUCUGCAAAGUGUCAUUGAGGUAACUUAACAGCAGCUAAAAAAAGAUUUAUUAAUAUAGAGAGAAGUUGCAUUAUAAAAUGUUUAGUUUGCUGUCUUCUGAUUGCCUGCUAUAGAAAAACUAAACAACCAGACAUGAUUAUUUUGUUCUGUACACUACAUUAUAUUUAAAGUAAUUCUAUCACUCUAAUCCAUUAUUCAAAUACUGGCUUUUAUUUGAGAAUUUACAGAAAACUCUUCAUCUGUAAAGGUUCUCCUGCAAAGAUCAGCAACCAAAAUCUGUUUUGAAGUUUGUGAAAACUUUCAGUAAGUAAAAAAUUAUUUCUACACAAACUAAAUAUGCCACCUGAUCAUCCACUAGCCGGAUGAAAUAUUAUAUAUAAAAUAUAAAUGUGUAUGUAUACUGUAUGCUUGCAUAAAGAUGUCAAAAUCAGCCAGUACAUUCUCACUGUGGCAUUGAUUGUAUUGAUUAUUGUUUUCCAAUUCAGCACUUACGUUUCUCAGGCCAUUUUCUUGGCCAGUAAAACGGAAGUAAACGGUGUGAAGGGUAAAAAUGAAUGAAAAGGUCUGAACUGUAGCACAACACUGUAAUUACACUAAUGAUUAAUGCUCAGUAGUUCACUGUUAAUAAGUUUCUGUAUUUAGUGAACUGUCCUUGUACCCAAACAGUUCUAGAAGCCAAUCAGAAAGAAAUGUUAGUGAGAAUUUACUACGAAAUGCAUUUGUACGUGUAUAGUUUUCAUGGUGCCUUUUCCAUAUGAAUCUGCUCAUAAUGCAAUAAAACAUUUACAAAAAUAAA